CUCACCAAACGAAAAGCAAAGCAAAUAUCUAGCGUGAUUGACUUGUUGUCAUCGGAUCUUUUAUUAGGUGUAGCGUACCACUUCCUAAAACCCAUCCAAAUAGAAGCUCGAUAAGUGCAAAGCACCUCAGAAGAACUAUGGAGGGAGGAAACGCAGCUGCUCCUUCUGCCACUGGCGAGCAGGGUGUAUUCAACAACGCCGGAGCUCCUUCCACUACCACGGGUGGAAGCGGAAACUCUGGCGCCAACGGAGGCAACGACGGCGAAGACGGCAGCGGCCGGUGGGGAUCCCGCCGGCUCAGCAACGUCGAGCAGCAGCUCCUGGCCGAAGACAACACCGCGACCGCCGGUGGUUUCUAUCCGCGUGGACCAGCCCCCGGCCUCCAGGGGGUCACAGCUGCAGGGAUGGGAAUGUACGGGGGGGCCAACGAUGCGGCCGCCCAGGGUGUUCGGGCCCAGCAGAUCAACAGCAUCUACGGAGCCGUCGGUCUCGGUGGUACCGCGGGCCUGGGCGGGCCCGGCGGAUUCCGAGGGGUUCCUGGUCUGCUGCCCGGGCAGUUCGAGGAUCCCAGUGGGGGCCUAGCCGGCUUACAGGGAGCUGGGGGAGUUGGUGGUCCACCGGGCCUCGGGGGCCUGAACGCUAUGAACGGCCUCGGAGUCAGGGGACCGGCCUCGGCCCUCCAGCAGCAGCAACAGCAGGCAAUGGUCGCCCAACAGCAGGUACUGGCCGCUCAGCAACAAGCGGGCGGGGCUGACUUUCAGGGAUUGAUGCCUACGGGUUUCGAGGGCGCUGAUGCCUCCGGUCUUCCCGGCAAUCUGGCAGCAAUGACUGGCUACCCCAUGUUCAAUCCAGCAGCGGCUGGUUUGGGGGUGGGCGCAGAUGGCAGCGCCGGGGGGGGCGGCAUGAUGAAUCCAAAUGCCGGUCCCCUGGGUGGUGGAGCUCCUAGUGCCGCUACCAUGCAGGCUGUUAGGAAUGCUACAGCCGGUGCUCCCUCCCUCUUUGACCAGGGAUACCAGUUCGCACGAUCGGAAAUGGCGCUUGUUCGCCACCAGGCCGCCUUUAACAACAAUCUGAUGGGUGCGGGGGUCGGUCUAGCGGGGCUGGACCGACAGGGUGCUGCGGGCCUCCGUGCACUCGGGCCCAAUCCCUACGGUAGCUAUCCCACCGAUCCCAUGGGGAUGGGAGCGGCCGGGCCGGUGGGAACCGAUCCCUAUCUAGCGAGGGGCGGUGCCGAGGGAGGCGCUAACGCCCAGCAUCUGGCAACGAUCCCGGCUAUUCGAUUGGCCCAGCACAGGAGUGCGCUACAGCGCAGAAUGAUGGCCAACAACCUACCGGAACGCAAGGACGGAUCUUUCCCGGUGGUUUUGUACCAGGAGAGCGACGAACACAAGCUAACCGCAUACCAGUGCCUGCUUCGAAAACAAUUAGAACUCUUCGAGGCAGAUGAGGACGAUGUCCGGUGCAGUACGCGACAGGGCAGAACAGCCCCCAUUAAACUCGGCCAGGUCGGCCUCCGGUGUCGCCACUGCGCCGGGGUACAGCUGGCCGCUCGCACGAAGGGUGCCGCAUAUUAUUCCCAAACCGUGGAGGGAAUUUACCAAAUUGCUCAGAACAUGUCAAAGGUUCACCUGUGCGAGCGUUGCUAUCGAAUUCCUCGCGACGUCCGUCGCCAACUAAUAGUCCUCCGAAGCGAUUGCCGCCGGGCGAUUGGUGGAAAGGAGUACUGGUCGGAAAACAUCCGUGCCCUGGGCGUCUAUGUCGACGAAGGCAUCCUACGCGUCAAGAAAGCUCCCAAAGAAGAAUCAAAGGAGGAAUCUAAGGAAGAAUCCAAGGACGAGGCAAAGGAUGAGCCAAUGGAGGAAUCUAAGGAAGAAUCGAAGGGCGAGGUAAAGGAUGAGCCAAUGGAGGAAUCCAAGGAUGAGGCAAAGGAUGAGCCAAUGGAGGAAUCUGAAAAAGCUUGCAAGGAACAAUCCAAGGACGACGAUAAGAAGGGAACCGAGGACGAAUCAAAUAAGGAAUCAAAGAUUAAGUCGGAACCGAAGGAUGACUCAAUGGGAGAAGCCGACGAAGACGACAAGAAGGAAGACAAAGAUGAAGCAACAGAGAAAUCAAAAGAGGAAUCCAAGGAUGCAGUAACCAACGACCGAGAUAAGAAGGACGAUGCAGCCUCGAAAGAAAAAGAGACAGACAAUGCGAAAAAAGGAGCAAUGGAAGUUGAAGCUGCAGAGAAAGGGGAUGACAAAGAGACGAAGGAAACACAGGACGGAGCAACUCCUGUGAAUGAUGACGAGGAAGAAACGGAAAAACUGACUUCGAAAGGCGAUGCCGCGGAUGCGGAAGAGGACCACAAGGACUCUGAAGAAAAAUCAGUAGGAGGCGGGGUGGGCGAAAAGGAUGAACAGAAAAGUCCCACAAAAGAGAAAGAGGACGAGAAGAAGACAAAUGAAAAUGUUAUGGAAGCGGACAAGAAUGAAGACUCCAAAAAACAGGAGAAUGACGAAGACGAGGAGGAGGGAACGACAGAAAAAGACACGAAAGAAAGCAAGAAUGAUGAUCAGGACAAAAGCUCAGUCACAGUCCACAUCUGAUGGUCGGUUUGAGGACUGUUGUGAUCCAUUGUGUAACGGAACACUUCAGCAGCAGAUACUAGACUCGAACGAAGAUUGAGUAUACAAUCUAUCUACUGUGUGUAUGCAUACUAUAUAUUAUAUUUCUACUCAAUGAAAAAAAGUCUUUUCUCGUGAGGGAGAAAAAUCGGAUCAAUCAUAAAAAAUGCUUUCUUUCUGACGAAGUUGUUGGCAUCCUUGGCGGAUGGCUCAGCUUGAUGUUCGAGGCUUUACUCGAACCUGAAACGAUGACCAUUUCUUGUUUUUCAGUCACUCGGAAGAAAAAUUAAGCUAAAAAUCUACG